AGCAGACGUGAACGCACCACAACGAGCACGCAUGCGCUCAGGUUAGCUUAGCCCCUCGAGCUGAAAACACGUUGUCUUGUUAGCUUUGAGUUUCAGUGAAGCUGGUGAGUAAACAUCCUGCAGCUUCAUGUUUAAUAUCACGAGCUGUUAGCUUGUUAGCUUUGAGUUUCAGUGAAGCUGUUUGACGUCAGCUGCUCAUCACUUGAGGGAGCCAGAGUCGCUGAUGCUGUAAUAUCAUGAGCAGCGUUGACAAGAAGGACGAAUCUGGUGUUUACCAACGGGUGGUGUUAAAGAACGCCUCGCCAUACCACUACAUGAAUGUCUGCCUUGAGCUGGAAGAUGAGUCUACCAGACUGAGUGCAGUUGAAUUGAAGCAGUUUAUCAUCACAGGCCUGAAGAGCCUGCAUGGAGAGGUGGGAGCAGCUUUACCUUUUGACGUGUUGAAGUACGAUGAAGACAAACGCACUGCCUUUCUGCGUGUUUACAGCAGGGGUUUGGUGAAGCUGUGGUGCUCCCUGACUCUGCUGGGCUCCUACCAGAACCAGGCCUGUGCCUUCAGAGUGCUGCAGGUGUCUCCGUUUCUGCUGGCGCUGACAGGAAACAGCCGAGAACUGCAGCUGGACUGAAGGGGGAGAAGCAUUGUUUUGUUCAGGAUGAGUUUCAUAUGGAGGAGCAUCUUAAACAGAUCACAGCGGUGCCUCUUGACCAUCGCAGCAGCUCCUCCACCCUGUAGGCUGCUCCACAUAGGCCAGCGAGCCUCCCUCUCUAAAGCUUUCUCCUUCCAGGAUGUGGAGCUGUUCGCCAAACUGACAGGUGACACCAACCCCCUCCACCUUGACCCGGCCUACGCCAGCCAG